GAAGGAACGGGGUAAAUUUCCUGGGAAUUCACAUGUGAGUACUGUAUGCUACUGCCGCAUGCUUUCCCCCUCCCUCCACCACUUCUAUUAUUUCUACACUCGGCAGCAUAUAUUUGGAGGACUUUCUAUGAUACAUGCUAGCUUUGUGUUAUGGUUUGCAUGGUGCAGCAGAUAUGACGAGGAACAAAAUGCAUGUUGUCGAAUCCAACGAAGAAUAUUUGGUCGAGGAACAGAUCCAGCAACAAAAUUGUGUUGAACAAGUUCAAGAAUCAUCUGAUCAUCAAGUUAUAACAAGUAACGAUGAAGAAGGCUCUACAGAUUGUGAUGAUGAUGAUGAUGAUGCUGAUAACGACGAAGGAACAAAAGGGCGUAAGAAGAGAAAGCUUAAAUAUAUUUGGAACCUUCCUGUUGGAAAAAGGAUUGUGGUUAAGUGCAAUGAUUUAGAUCAGCCAAUUGGGAAAGAAGCUAAACAUCUUGGAAACUUUCUUGGCACGAUAGCUAGGAAUGGAUCUUUGUGUAGCUUGUCCUACAAGGAUUGGAGAUUGUUGAUAGGAGAAAAAGAUAAAGAAACUAAUGUAAGGAUAAACUUAAAGGCUAUACUUGAUCAAGUAAAGAUGAGGUUUCUUUAUCCUUCACGAUUGGAACCAUACAUAUUAAAAACAAUUAGAGACCGAUGGAGGCAACAUAAGUCAGACAUGAAAGCACUAUACUUUAAUGAGAAGAAGAGCAUUGAAGCAAAUUACAACAAUGGUCCAAAUUGUGUGAGUCCAGAUCAGUGGAGAGCUCUAGUGAAUAAUUGGACAAGCCAGAAAGCAAAGGAUAUAAGUGCUCAAAAUAGGGAAAACUGUGGGAAGAGGAAGUCCACACAUACCGCUGGAACAAAGAGUUUUUCUCGAAAUAGGGAAGAAUUGAGAGAACAAGAUCCUGAGAAGAAGUACCCUCAUAGGGCUGUCUUGUACAUCCAUACACACAAGCCUGUAAGGAAGGAUAACAAGAAAAUUAAUGCACACGUGGCAAGGUUGAAAGGUAUCUUAGAGGAGCAACCAGAGUUAGCAGAUACCAGCCAAGGAAAGACUGCUUGGAAAGGAGAUGCAUUGAAUAUAGUCUUGGGAGAUGAGAAGUCUGGUCAUGUACAUGGUUUGGGACUAGUUCCUAAUCCAAACAAAGUUCUUGAUGUGUCAACUUCCCGUCGCUUCCAGAAUAUACAAUUUACUUCAUUGGAGGAUAUACCAAAUGAAGCUAUGCUAUCUCUUAGGGUUGAGAUGGAAAAAAUAGGACAGUAUGUGAAGAAUCAAGGUGCUGAAUUGCUGGAACUAAAAGAGAAGAUAAUAGAGUUGGAAAGAGAACCGAAUCAGAGAAGUUUGGAAAUUAUGGAGCUAAAAGAGAAGAUAAGAGAGUUGGAAAGAGAACCGAAUCAGACAAGUUUGAAUCUUGUGCCUACUCUUCGAGAUGAUCCUCCUGUAGAUGGACAUAAUUCCAAGAGGAAAAGAGUAUAUGGCGCUUCUCCUAGUAAACAACUCCCAAUGGUUGAGGAACCAAAUAAUUUGAUGGUCAAGCAGAGUGGUUUCCCUGGUCUGGACUCGCAAUCAUCAAUCAAGCAGGCUACUCAAGAUAAGGCAGGCACUAAAGUAUUCUUGAAGAGCCUAUCAAGCGGAAACAAGGAUGUUGCUCUUGCUACAAUUGUAAGCAACGAUCCGAAAUAUAAACUUGAUGGUGCUGAAAUAACAAACCAAUUUUGGGCAGUACAUGUCAUUGCUGCACUUGUGAAAACCGAAGAGUUGGUACGGAAGCGAAAAAAUUGUACCACUCUUGGUAACGCAGAAGGAACAAAAAUUGCAUGGCCUUCAACCUUUAUUCAAAAGAUAAAUGGAUGAUAAUAUGGGUGACUAGUUGAAUGGGAGGAGGAACAAUGAUGUUGCGGCUGGAUAAUCCAUUUCACAUCUACGCAUCUUUAGUUAUUUCGUGGGAGAAAAGUGAUGUUGUAAACAUAAUAUUUAUAUAUGUACCACGUGGAUGGUGUUCCUCUUGUAAUGCUACCAUUU